AUGUAAGCGGCCAAAGGUUGCAUAUUAAACAUUCUCUGGUUGGAUGACUGUUAUUGCUUUGGCGCUUCCGUAUGACAUUUUGGAGGAUUUCAAGGCAUAUCUGGAAUUAUUAAAAGGAUUUAAGUGACGUGUCCAAUACUCAAAGGCAUGUCAGAGGCGAACACCAUUUCCCAAGGCUCAAAUGAUACGUCAUUGCCACCAGCGUCAGGGAGUAGUGACGCGGGAUGUGAUGAUGGAGUUGUGCCUAAUGGAAGUGAAGAGAAUACACAGGGAAAUGCAAUAAAGGCUUCUGAAGGCAGUGAAAAUGAAACGGAAAGUGACAGUAGCACACCGAGCACAACACCAGACGAUCCAACAGAUUUUGGCAUCAUCGAAGCCAAACCAAAGCAUGAACUAGAUGGCGAGAAGAAAAUCUCCAAUCCUGAGACCGAUGCAUGUCCGACAGAACAGACUGCAUCAACACCAAGACCAGAGGCACAGAGCGAGGCGUUUGAUUCCCGUGGCAACAGCGGAAACAGCGAGUCUUUUGACAGUAUUCAGCUCCCUGUCGAAGUGAAGACAAACACAGCUGAGUGCAAACAAAAUAAACCUGAGAAGGAAGAUGAUGACAAGCAGAGACUGUUUGAUGAACAAUCUAAAGAUCCCCCAUUGGAAACUCCAACCACAGACUCCCCAAGUCCACAUGGAGGAGUGGAGGAUGUUCCAGGUGGAAGAGUGGAGGAUGUUCCAGGUGAAGGAGUGGAGGAUAUUCCAGAUGGGAGGAGAACAAACUAUUCCAGUGGACUAAAUCAACCCGAGCAGGAAGGAGAUGAAAAGCAAGAUGAAGAACCAGUGGUCCAGCCACCUGGUCAGGGGGAUGGAGUUGAGGAUAUUCCAGUCAGAUGGAACAAGACUGCAAAGGAAGAACCAGGAGUCAAGCUCCCUGUCGAAGUGGAGACGAUAACCACAGCUGAGUGCGAACAAGAGAAACCUGAGAAGGAAGAUGAUGACAAGCAGAGACUGUUUGUUGAACAAUCUAAAGAUCCCCGAUUGGAAACUCCAACCACAGACCCCCCUAGUACUUCUACAAAGUUAAUGCUUAUUGGUAUCCUGGGCCUCGUACUAAGCAUCUUCUGUGCAGUCUUGUUACAACCCAAGUCUGCACCUGAGAAGACGGAGGUCAGUCGGGUAGACGUCUUCCUCAAGGAGAUGGAGAGAGUUACGGUCCAGUUUCCCAGCCAACACCUUGAGCUUUGGAGGAGAAGCAGGAUCCACUUAACGAAGCACCUCCAGACAGCCCAUCCCAAAGAGCCAGCCAGCCUGAUCCUGACUGCGGGCCGCAGGGCUGAAAAGACGCUUCACUGCCUGGCCCAGGGUCUGGCCUCCGCCCUCUCCUCCGCCCUCAACGGCUCCGUCCUCCAGAUCGACGGAGACAGCAUGGCCGGCCAGGACAGCAACCAGGUCAAGUUCGACAUCGACGACAAGCUCCGGCACGCCUUCGAGGGGGACAAGCCCGUGGCCGUCAUCCACCGCUUCGAGGAGCUGCCUCCGGGCUCCACCAUCAUCUUCUACCGCUACUGCGACCACGAGAACGCAGCCUACAAGAGGGCCUCGCUGAUCUUCACCGUGCUGCUGGAAGGGAAGGAGGAGGUGUCGGCCAGCCUGGGCCUCAGUGCGGUGGAGGAGAUGGUGGACGACCACCUCAAGGACAAGUUCCUCUCCUCAGACCAACCGGCUGCCUUCGACAGCAUGGACACGGACAAGUUAAGUGGACUGUGGAGCCGCAUCUCCCACCUCAUCCUGCCAGUGGCAGCAGAGGAGAGGAUAGAGCAGCAUGGGUGCGUAGGGACUUAAGGCUCUUCAAGACCCAAAGCCAAAGAUACCGGAUGAUCAACCUAAAGGGAGUUGCAAUAUUUUAAUGAUUUUAUGUUUCAUUACAUUGUCAUUUUAUAUAGGCUAUUGGCCAAGGCCUUCAUACACACUGCACUCUGUGCUAGGACAUAUGGAAGAUGGGUGCUUUAGAGACAACAUGCACUACCCUACCUAUUUAUUAAAAUUGUAUGUGGAGGUGUAUUAUAUCAUUAUGAUCUCAGCACUUGAAGUUAUAAACACGAUUUAAUGUUGGGCCUUGCACUUUAAUUCUUAAGUCGUCUUCAAAUAACUAAAACACAUUUCUCCACCCAAAAGGGGAAGUGUGCUUACCAACUUAGUUUUUCAGAUGAUGUGUUUGAGACAGGAUGAAAAUUAAGAAUGUGAUUUUUUUAAAUGUAUAUGGCGAUUGUUUUUCAGUUGAAAAGAGUAUAACAGCAAAAUUAAUUUUCUUCACCAUGGACUUAAUUCAUUGACAUAAAUAUGUGCCUUAAAUUGAAACGCAAAUAAACUGUUUAACACAA